AUGGAAGCAGAAGCAGAUGUUAUGAUUGUGGGAGCUGGAAUUUCUGGCCUUGCAACAUCCUUAGGACUUCACAGGCUGGGGAUUGGAAGCUUCGUGUUGGAAUCAUCUGAUAGUUUGAGGACAACAGGGUUUGCAUUCGCAAGAUGGAUAAAUGCAUGGAAGGCCUUAAAUGCCCUUGGUCUUGCCAAUUCUCUUCGCCAACAUCAUGUCACACUUGAUGGGAAUGUGACUUCCUCAAGAAUUACAGGGCUUCAAACGUUUGAGAUGUCAUUUAAGGCCAAAGGAAAACAGUUCUCAUCGAAGGUGGUUUCCGUUGACGAAUCGGGCUACUUUAAGCUGGUGCAUCUGGCAGACGGGACCAUCCUCAAAGUCAAGUCAUUAUCAGAAGGCCAAGAUGCACUCGCUCCUGCAACUUAUCCCACAUCGCUCGGUUGA